GCAAAUGUCAGUUAGCUGGCUUGGAAAAUCUAUCGAUAAGGAAAAAUUUUAAAAUUUCUUCAAACAAAAGAAGGCAAAUUUGUCGAUUUCAAUCUCCGGAAAUGUUUUAUUGUUUUAUAGAAUAAUAGUCCUGUUAAAGCUCCAAGAAUAAAAAUCAGCCAACGACCACCGGCAGUUGACCAGUCGACUAUCAUGCCUUUAAGUUGUUAAAAGCUUUUGAAGUUUCCUUCCCUCAAAAUUUCAGCUAAAUUCUUUUCCUUCCCUCUCCCCUUCAUUUUGCUCUGAAAUGGAUACAAUUGCAGCAGUUCCAUCUCGAUUCCAGUUUGGCUGUCAUAAAGUUCUUCAUCUGGUGAGGCAUGCACAAGGAAUGCACAAUCUAGAAUCAGAGAAGAGUCGUGAUCCACUAACAUCAUAUGAAUUUUCUGACGCUGAACUCUCCUCUCUGGGCUGGCAGCAGAUUGUAUACUACUCCAGAAUGACAUCUAUAGUAAGUUUUAACAGAUUCGUGACCAGUGGAAACAAGUUUGUGCAAGUGGACAGCUCAAGGAGAUUGAGGACACUGCAAACAGCUGUUGGAAUUUUUCAUGGUGAAGACCAACCAGAUCGGUUAGAUGUUACAUCAUUUGAGGAUGAAAAAGUAAAGGGUGACGACGAAACAUCAACUUUCAAUCGCCCACCAAUUAUAGCAUAUGAACUUUGUCGAGAACGAAUGGGAAAAUAUGAAUGUGACAGGAGAGGAACCAUCAGUCAGUACCGUUCUCGUUUCCCCGAAGUUGAUUUUUCAUUGAUCGAGAAUGAAGAUGACAUUUUGUGGAAAGCAGAUGAAAGAGAAACCCAUGAAGAAGUCAUGGCUAGGGCAAUGAAGUUUAUCAAAUGGUUGUGGGAACGGCAAGAAAAGGAGAUAGCAGUGGUGAGUCAUGGUGUGUUUUUGGAUCAGACGAUGAUUGAACUUUUUAAAAAUAAUAAGUGUUCCCCCUUAAAUGAUUAUGAUCCACACAGCCGCUUUAGAAAUUGUGAAAUCCGUUCGGUGAAAGUUUUUAAUGAAAGCGUAAUGGGAUUGGGAUCAGAUUCCUUUAGCAACCAUUGUGGAAGAAUAAGAAUCCCUUAUGGACUUGAAGUAGUCCAAAUCAGAGAUUCUACCAAGGACAAUGUUUCAGUGGAGGAACUGGAGGUGACCAACUAAUCAAAAAAUUAGUUCAUCUGGCAUUGGGUGCUUGAUUUUCCAGAUUGAACAGCCGCUGUUAGAUCAUAGCAAGGUGCUUUUCGAAGAAUCUUGGUUUAUCAUCGGACUUUUCUUUCAUUUGAAAAAUCAAGAUUUGAAUUUGGUUACUGAAAUUAAUAAUUCAAUACUUUAUUAAUAAAUUAUUCGACUGUUGG